CCGAGUUAUUUUGUAGCAACGCAAUACAACAGGAUUGCCGCGGAGCCUUAAAGGCCAACAACUUUUAUUCCAGUCGGCGGGAGCUUCAGGGGGUCGCGGCUCGCUCCGUCCGCUGCAAACUUGGUGCCAGUUCUCCUUUCUGGACCCCCUAAGGAGUAGCUCUUUGGUUUCAGCCUCUAGAAGAACCAGCAAGAGAGAUCCGGUGUCAUUCCACAGCAAGCCAAUUGCAGCCACAGCCGUGGAGGGAUGUUUGCAAUCCAGAUAUAAAUGGAUCUGCAUUGGUGGCACCGUUUGUUCCUGGUAGCAGCUGCUUUGCUUCUGCAGGGCUGCUCUGGUGCCUCUUGGCACUCCUUGCGCUAUUUCUACACAACGAUAUGGGAUCCUGUCCGGGAUGUGUCUGAUUUCGUUGCUGUGACAUAUGUGGAUGACCUGCUCAGUGGUCACUAUAACAGCACCAUGAAGAGGGCGGUGCCUCGGGUGUCCUGGAUAAGGAGGUUGGAGGAGGUCGACUCCCACUUCUUGGACCGGUACACCAACUUAGCCAUGCUUGAUGAGCUGAGGCAGAAAAGGUACCUGAAGGACCAACCGCAUCUCUACAAUCAGAGCAGAGGGUUGCUCGUCUGGCAGCGCAUGAUGUCCUGUGAGCUGAGCAAGGACGGGCUCAAAAGAGGGUUCAACCAGUAUGGCUUCAACGGGGAGGACUUCCUCAGCUUCGACAAGGAGACCCUCACCUGGACGGCAGCCAUGUGGCCGGCUCAGGUGACCAAGAGGGAGUGGGACGCUGAUGUGGCAGAUUCUAAAUCCCUCAAGAGCUACCUGGAGGAGGAGUGCAUUAAUUGGCUGCAGAUGGUCCUGGAAUACGGGAAGGAGUUUCUGCUGUGGAGAGAGCCUCCAGUGGUGACAGUGUCACAGAAGGCGGGCUACGAUGGCCUGGAAACCCUCGUCUGUCGUGCCCACGGUUUCCACCCCAAGGAGAUUGAUGCCACCUGGCGGAAGGACGGGGAGGUCUGGGAGCAGGAGACCUUUCGUGGGGGUGUCGUCCCCAACUCGGACGGGACUUACCACACCUGGCUGAGCAUCAAGAUCCACCCUGAGGACAAGUUCCGCUAUCGGUGCCGUGUGGGACAUGACAGCUUGCCAGAGCCUUUGGACUUGGGUUUGGAGAAGCCUGCAUUCUCCAUGGUGGGGCUCAUUGUGGGAGUCCUCUUUGUCGUUGUGGUUGUGGCUGGCCUCCUUGCGGCCGGGAUCGUCUACUACGUCCGCCACAGGCAAAGACCACCAAGCGGCUUAUGAAGUACCGCCAAGAGAGUGACCGACUCUGUCCCUGGAAGGAUCUGUGGAUUACGCAUUGCUUACCUGUGUAUCUGUUACUGGACUGCAAAUAUUUGUAGGUCACUUUCAUGUCUCUGGUAGAAUUAUUUUCCAUUCUGUCGUCGAAGUGCCACUGAAACGUAGCGUUUUCUUGGAGGGAAGGGCUUUUGGAAUUGAUAUGAAACGGAGAUUAACCGGCAAGCGAAUAUUUACAGAGAUUAACCUGUGCAAAUAUUUAUGACGAUGAGGAAACCAGUGUUACUUUUGGGGGGAAAACACAGCAAGAUCAAUUUGAUCGUCUGAGAACCAAGCCAUCAGGCUCUUCCAGGGCUGCACGACUGGCUUGGGAGAAACAAGGCAGACCAUAGCCGAGGGGCUCAAGAGCAGUGAUGGCAAAGCCUGGCCUACAAGAGCCCCAGAACUAGAUGGAAGCACAUGGGGGCUCUGGGUGGGGCUCCUUCCUGGAAAUAGCAGCACCUGAGAAAUUCUAGACCCUCCUCCCGCUGCCCCUUAUUUUUCUGCUUCAUGUGGAGCCCAGCUUGAGGGGAAGGGCUGCAAUUGAUACACUAUGAAAUCAGUCCAAAGAACUGAAGGUGAACCCUUUCACAGCUCUUCCCACAGUGAACUUGGAGGGGUCAGCCCAGAGUUUCCUAUCUGUAUGUGUGUGACUAGGGAAGCAGCAGGUCUUCUGGGUUCUUGAUUGGUGCCCUUGGUCUUCAAUGGCUCCUGGGUAUACCAUGCAGCCAGGCCUCAGGUGGUGUGGAUGGG